AUGGAACAAAAAAUUAAGUUACCGCUUUUUAAUAGGAUUUGUUCGUUUAUAGUUUUAACUUGGAUAUAUCAUUUUAAUUGUGAUAUGAUUACCUUUAAUAAAUAUUUGGAUAGAAAAAACAAUAUUGAUGAAACAUUAGGUAAAAGGACUUGUCGAUUAUUAGCAAUAUAUAAGCAUGAAAAGGAUACAAAUAUUACAUGGCUAAAAAAAGAUAUACAAUCUAUAGAUAAAUACGCAAAACAGUGUACUCCUAAUAAUUCUACAUUAAAAAAAGGAAAAAUUAAAGAAACAAAUCAAUGCACAUUAAAUAAUGCAGUAGGCUAUAAACAUACAAGAAAAAGUAAAUCUGAUUUAUACAAUAGAGAACAUUCCUAUUUUGAAAAAAGAGUGUUAGACAAAAUAUACUAUAAAAAUAAAGUUAGGAAUUUUAUGAAUUAUGAUUUUAUGUUUUUAAACAAUGAUAUAAAAGUAAACAAAUGUGUUAUAUGUGCUGCUACUAGCUGCUUUUUAAUAAUUGGAAUAAUAGGAGCUGCUUUAUUACUAUUUUACCUUGAUAAGCUAGCAUAUGAUUUUACAUUAAAUUGGAUUAAUGGAAUGUAUAUAUUAUGUUUGAUAUUCGUGCUUAUAGCUAUUAUAAUAAUGAUUUGUCUCCACAAAGAAAUUGUAAAGUAUAAAAAGAUAAAACAUAUAAAGAGUAAAUUGCAUAAUACGGAAUAUCCUACUCUCUGA